AACAUCGAAUUCUCUGAAUUCAAAAUCAUAGAGUAAAAACAAAAGGGAUGAACAAAAGGAUCCUUAUUUGGGAGCAGAAGUUGACGCUGGAGAAAGCAAUGUUGGUUUUACAAAAAAAAGAAUUAUAAGGAGAGGUCGACUACAGGGAAGAUUUGUCAUUCAGGUAAUUAAAUGUGUAGGUGAUUUGAUGGUCUGUCUAUUACCAUGAGGUGAGGAUUUAUAUUGUUCAAUAAAGAUAAGCUUCUUUGUCUUUGUGAUGAACUUACCCUUGUUGAUUGCCAAAGUAUAUUCCCAAACCAUGCCUCUCACCUGCUGAGUUUUUUUAUGCUAUUAUAUCUGCCACAGAUUCUUCAAUCUAUUAUAUUGUACGUCAAUGGGUUCUGUAUUUUACUUUUUUGCUUAAUUUCUCUUGUUGCUAGGUAGCUGUCAACUUUUUCAGGAACUUGUCACUUAAAGCACAAGUUCUUUGGCUAACUGUCCAAUUGUGACCGUACUUAUUGAAUUGUCUUGGGCCAUCUCCAUGUACAUGCAUAAAGAUUAAAGACAUUGUUGCAUACAAACACACACAUAGGACAAAGCCUUUAUGCUUUGAACGUUGAGAUGGUUCUGGUUGCAGUUAUUAGUGUUGAACUUAUUGGUGAUGGUGGAAAUGGAGACAGGGACGGGGGCAAGCUAAGCUCAUGCAGAUGCCUACAGAUGGGAUGAAGAUCCCAUUAGAGCUAGAUGAGUAUGGUGGUUUGCCACAACAGGUCAGACGACAGAUUGUGGUCCAGUUGCGGGAGAAUCUCCCAGAUGCUUACACAGUGUGGGGAUAGGUCCUUCAAGAGCAUCGGGACAUGUAUUGGAAUAUAUUCAGUCAAACAUAUGAAUGAGAUCCUGCGAUUGAGAAGACUGUAAAAGAUUUAUGGAACAUGACAGCAAGGAUCAAGUUCAAGCAUGCACUUAGUGAGUUGAAAGCUAAGUGUCCAAAGAGAAACUUUCAAGCUAAGCCUCCAGAUAUGAAUCCAAAGUUAUGGGCGAAGCUUGUUCAUUUAUGGACUGAGGACGAGGGUCAUUAGAGAAUGUCAAGUUCUGCAAAGGCUAAUUGAGCAAAAGGACCAAGGGUGACGCAUACCAGUGGUUCAAUGGACGUUAAUGUUUAUAGAAAGAAAAUGCAACAAGCAAACGCCGAGGGUCGUCUACCAACAUAUCCUGAAGUCUACACUAGUAGAAGGCAGUAUAAAGGAAAAGGAAAAGAUCAACUGCCUGUAUAUUGUAAUGAUGAGGCUCAAGAAAUUAGAGAAAAAUUGACAGCUGAAUAUGCUACUAGACAAGAGGAAGAAGGAUUUGACCCUACAAUACCUCGUGCUGAGAUAUUAUUUAGGGCAACUGGUGGGGUCAAGAAAGGAUGGUUGAAAGGUUGGAUAUUCACACACAUCCACAGGAUAUAGGUGUGAGCACAUCUAGACGAAAACCAUUCAGGCCACCCAUUAUAGGACAAUCAAUAGGGUUAUCGAAU